AUGGUGCAGAUCCUCGCCAUACGCGCGCAGGUGGAGGGCAUCACCGUCGACGAGGAGUCCCUGGCGCAGCUGGGCUCCAUCGGCGAGCGCACCUCCCUGCGCCACGCGGUGCAGCUGCUCACGCCCGCGUCGCUCAUGGCGCAGACCAACGGGCGCGACGCCAUCACAAGGGGUGACCUCGAUGAGAUCGACGGGCUGUUCCACGACGCGAAGAGCAGCGCGCGGCUGCUGGCAGCGCAGGCAGACAAAUACAUCAGCUGA